AUGGCUACCAGAAUGAAGGCCAAUGUCCUCGGCGGCAUGCACACUGCCGGCAUUUAUUCUGACAUGACCGUUGACGGUCCAGAAAUCGGAACUCUGGUUGUUAUUGUUGACCGCGCGAAAAACCUGCCUAACCGAAAGACAAUUGGCAAGCAAAAUCCCUAUUGCGCGGCAAGACUGGGAAAAGAGGCAAAGAAAACAGAGACAGAUCGCCGAGGAGGACAAACACCGAGAUGGGAUCAAGAGCUUCGGUUCACCGUGCACGACUCCGCGGAUUACUAUCAGCUGAAGGUCUCGGUUUUCAACGACGACAAGAGAACGGACUUGAUUGGAGAAACUUGGGUCAACUUGCAGGAUGUGGUUGUGCCAGGCGGUGGGCAGAGUGAUAUUUGGCAUACCUUGACUUGCAAGAGCAAGUAUGCGGGGGAGGUCAGAAUCGAAAUCACAUACUACGACACCCGACCCAAGCAGGACAGACAGGAGAAGGCCAAGCAAGGCGCUUCUAGUGGCAUGGAUGCUGGAGGAAGAGACUCCCUCAAGGGACCAAGGCAACCCAAGCCUCCUGUCAAGAGACGGCCAUUGCCUUCUGAUCCCGUCAGUGGAGCGCCGGCACCUACAGCUAUCCCUGACCAUGUUCCGACUCCUCCUCGCGGGUAUCAGUCCCCGACAGCAACUCCUGAGCAUGCCCGGCCAUCCCCUCGUGGUUAUCAAUCGUCGACGAAUGGUCCAGAAUAUGUCCAGACGCCCCCUCGGCACCAAGUUCCACACGCUACUCCGGAGCAUGUUCAGGCCCGGCCUCGGGCCGCACCGAUGGCUAUUCCUGAUCACGUCCAAACACCUCCCCGAGGAUACCAAAGCCCAAACCAUAUUCCAAAUCAGUCACCCCUUCAAAAUGUCGAAUACAACACCACAGCGAGCCAAUUUUCGCCAUCUGGAUACGAUAACAGUCCGAACAUGAAUGGAUAUGCUGCGCCUUCCCCAUCCGCAAGGCCCGUUUCACAUGAAAGAAAUGAGAUUUAUGACCCUAUGGCGCGGAACGAUUUUACGCCAGGGAAUAGUAAUCACAUCGACCACUAUGAAGAAGAGGAGCCGAUUGUUGAUCACAGGGAUUCAUACAAUUCCCAGUACACGCCUUAUGAUUUGCCUCAGCCAGAGGACUUUGGCCCACCACCAAGCCCGGGAGGGCCACCUCCGCCUCCACCAGCUCACGGAAGCAAACCUCGAGCUACUCACACCAGCCCGGCGCCCGCCCUGCAAUCUCACGGCAGUUAUGGCUUUCCUGGGGACUCCAGCUCUUCGGCCCCAUAUGAUUCCCCGACUAACUAUGCACAUCGCCAUUCGAUACCUACGUACUCUCAGAGCAAAUCCUACCAGGGUUAUAUCCCUACCGGAGAUGAAGACCCAUUUCAUAAUUCUGGUGAGAGCAACAGCCAUUAUCAAGAGUCUCCACCUCGGCAUCACUCCUAUGAUGGGAGGUAUAACCACGAUCACGGUUCUAUGCAACCUACAGUUGAAGAUGCACCCCCAUCACCGUCUGGGGGACACUCGUCCGGGCGAAGGGGGAGUGGAGUGCGUUCCUCAGGAUACGAUGAUCGACGAUAUGAUGAAGUCCCUUCUCCUGCACCGCUCAAUUUGAGCGGCAGAGGGGGCUCUCCAGCAGAUCGCAACGCUGCUUCCAAUACACCGAGCAACCCAUACUCGAAUAGCAUGGGUUACACAUCCUCCGCAUCUCAGCUAUCGAUGAGGGAACAGUCGUACAUCGGAACAUCCAUUUCUUCGAGAACAUCGUUUAGUACGCUACCGCAACAACAUCAAAUACCCCGAAAGCCAUCGAACGCUGAGAUCAGCCAAGCUACUGCUGAUUAUGGAUUGCCGCCUGUACCUGCAACUUUGGUCGCUGGCAUGGACCCUUUGAUUGCGCAAGAACUCGCAGAUAGAAUCUAUGAUGAGAAAAGGGCAAGUUACAGUCAGAGCGCCGGACGUUCUUCUCGGGGUAGGCAUCCGGACCCGCCUCAGUAUCAGCCAAACCAAUCUCUAUCGCAAUCGUAUCAAGAGGUGCCACCGCCUUUUGCACCUGCCUCGGCUUCAUAUGAUGAACGACAGAGUCGAAUGGCAACAGCGACUGUUCCGGUAGUAAAACCAAGAGCAAUUUCCCCUGAUCCUCGAACUCCAAUGCGAAAGUCUGUCAGCCCGUCUCCAAUACCUUCCGACGGGAGACGGCUUUCUGGUGUUCCCUUUGGGCCCGACUCUUAUAACGCUUUGAACCCGAAAAUAUCAGGCUCAACAUCGACUGGUUCGUUAAGCGCAAGAUAUGACCCUAAUGAGCCAGAUCCUGACGCAAAAAUCAUAACCCACGAUGGUAGGGAAAUUGAUCCCAGUGAUCAUAUCCCCGAGUCCAAUUAUGCCCCGCUCUUGGAACAGAAGGGGCCCAAAUAUGCAUCUCAGCUUCCGGACCGCAACUAUCGACCCCCGCCAAGCAACUCGCAGCCAAGUUCAGGCCGCAGACAGCUGAAGCAAGCAGCUCGACCACAGUCCAUGGCCGCUACCUCAUCAUCCCCAAUCUACAUGAAUUCUGGCCCAAUAGAUCCUCUGGCACCUCAAAAUGGCCGAAACCGUCUUCAAAAGAAAGCAAAUAGAAUGUCGGCUCUGCCAGCACCCCAUUCAAGUCCUUUGGCUCCGAUCACACCGUAUCAAAAUAAUAGUCAUACACCUAGUAGUGGGCCAAGACCGAGCACCGCCGAUUACCAUGCGAAUGAGAACUACGCACAAAGUUACGGUCCAGGAUAUAGGGGAAGCUCGGGACCACCGCCUAUUCCGGCGAAAAUCCCCGUGGACAUGCAUUCGGCACCUCCACCGCAGACUUCUGGCGGAGAUGCAUGGGCGUUGCUAGAGGAGAUGAAAAAUAUCGAUUUGGGAAGCGGAAGGGCUAGGAGGCGCGGUCAUUGA